AUUAGCUAUAAUGGACGAUCUUACGGAUAUAUUUGAUGAUUCUCGGGUGGAGGAGGAGGUUGAGGAGUUGACAGCUGAAGAGGUUCUGGCCAAACUUCAGGAGGCCUGGAUCAAUGAAAAGAAUUCUCCAGAACUUCUUGAACCUAAAAUGGAGAUAGUUGAGUGUAUGUUAGAACAAAUAUCAACUAUGAAUGAUAACCUGGAAACCUUAGCCAAAGGAGAUAUUAGAAUAAGUCUACACAAGAUGGAAUUAUCUAGAAUACGGUUUCUAAUUAAUUCUUACCUAAGAACAAGACUGGAUAAAAUACAGAAUAAUUUCUACUUUUAUUCACAGGGAACUGCUGAUAAUCCCAGUAAAUUAUCAAAAGAAGAAUCAGAGUUUCUUGCCAAGUACCAGGAAAGUGUAGGGGAACUAUUUCAUACUCUUUGUUUGCGGCAUCUUCCAGGUAGUUUUGAUCUUGGAAAAACAGGCAUAAAACCUCCUCAACCUAAUUUUCAGUCUGCUGUAUUCAUCAAAGUUCUCCAGGAUAUAGAUGGACUAGAGAUAAGGGAUGGUGCUGGAGCUGGUCGUGAUGAAACGAUAGAUCUAGAAGUUGGUGAACAGCACCUAGUUCAGUACUCAUCAGUUUCACAUCUUGUGGAAGGAGGAGCUGUUAGGUUAUCAUAGUGGUGCUGCUUCUCACAGCUUCUUAGCCUUAAUUUUUUUCAUCUACAUUAUAAUAUUUCACACCUGUUCUUGGGCACUUAGUUGUUAGGUUUUAAAACACUAGAUCAAGUUUCUGGUUCUUUCAGCGGCUGCCAAGUAUCUACUGUUGUAUAAUAAUAUGCAUCAAAGUCAUUUAUUUUGAUUUUUAUAUAUUUCAGAAAAA